AUGGGAGGACAACCAGUUGGACCGGGGAUGUUCAAGGCCGCGCUGGCAGAUACACCUCGAGAGGCUUUCAACUGGCGGCUUGCGCUCAGUGUUGUUUGCUUUGGACUGAUGGGAGCUGCUCGAGGUUUGGAUGAAGGUUUGAUUGGAACGACUGUUACACAAAAGAGUUUUGUUUCUGAGUAUAACCUUAAAACGUCUGUCACCAUGAGUAAGACAGAACUCGCUUCGAAAGUCGGAAACAUCACAGCAAUGGUUCAGAUUGGAUCUGUUGGAGGAGCAUUGAUUGCAUUCAUCGCUUGUGACAAACUUGGACGUAUCUGGGCUACUCGACAACUUUGUCUGAUUUGGAUAGUUGGAGUUAUCAUUUACAUCACCUCAGCCGGAAGCUAUGGUCAGGUUCUCGCAGGUCGUUUUAUCAUGGGACUAGGAAUCGGACAGACUACUGUCGUGGCACCAGCAUACUUGGCAGAGGCUGCACCACGAAGUAUCCGUGGGUUGUGUAUCUGCAUUUUCAGUGGCUCGGUCUACCUAGGCAUCAUGCUUGGAUACUUCGCCAACUGGGGAACUUCCAUCCAUAUUGCCAACAACACCUCGAGACAAUGGAUCGACGCAACGAUUCUCCACUUAAUCUUCGCCGGUCUGAUCCUCAUCCUCUCACUAUUCGCGCUCGAAUCCCCUCGCUGGCUCGCUAAAGUGGGUAAAACCGAAAAAGCGCUUUUGAAUAUGUGCAAGCUACGGCAAUUACCAGCCGAGCAUCCUUACGUCCAAGCAGAAAUGCUAGAUAUCCACGAUCAACUAGAGCGUGAAAUGGAAGCUACACAUGGUUCUGGCUUCUGGGGUCCGUUCAAAGAACUCUUCAUCUUACCACGCAACCGCUAUGCAAUACUCCUCGGACUCGGUUGUCAACUCAUGGGCCAGUGGAGCGGAGCUAAUUCAAUCACUAUUUACGCCCCUCAGUUCUUCGCUAUCCUCGGUACGACAGGACAAUCAGAAAAACUAUUCGCAACGGCCAUUUUCGGCGUCGUAAAAUUUGUCUCGGCACUCAUUUGCGCCUUCUUCCUCGUCGAUUUUAUAGGUCGAAAACGCUCACUCUCAAUUGGAAUUAUUAUCCAAUGUGUCUCAGUUCUCUAUAUCGCCAUCUACCUCACCGCCGUCCCAACCAUCUCUUCCGGCGAAGUCCAAAGCACAAUCGCCAAACACGCUGGUACAGGUGCUAUUGUAUUCAUCUACUUCUCCGGUGUAGGCUGGGCAUUAGGAUGGAAUAGUAUCCAAUACCUCAUCGGCGCCGAGAUCUUCCCUCUACGUGUCCGUUCUUUGGGAGUCUCACUCAUAAUGUGUUUCCACUUCGUAAACCAAUACGGCAAUUCCAAAGCCGUGCCGCUGAUGCUGAUCGACGGGUCUCCCGGUCUCAGCCCCAAAGGCACAUUCUGGUUCUUCUUCGCAGUCACGCUGCUUGGAUUGGGAUUUGUCUGGUUCUUCUUGCCUGAGACGGCGGGCAAGAGUUUGGAGGGUAUGGAUGAGCUGUUUGGCUUGAAGUGGACGCUGAUUGGGCGGAAGGGGGCGGAGUUGACGAAGGGGAAGGGAAGUGUGAGUGAGUCUAUGGUGCUUGGGAGGGGUGUGAAGGAGAUUGAGGCGGGGUAUGAGGGGGAGGAUAGGGUUGAGGAUGUUGAGAAGAGGUAG